UGAGCUCUUAUAUAAACUCAUCCCUUGCAAGCUACAAACACUCAGCUUAACAAAUAAGCAAACACACACUCUCAUUCUCUCUCUGUAUUUCCUUUGUCUCUUUAAUGGCUACUUUCUUCUUCUUCCUCCUCUCCUUCCUUAUCUGCUUUCACUUGUCAAGUGCUGAGCCGUUUAUUGGAGUGAACUACGGCCAAGUGGCGGACAACUUACCGCCGCCGUCAGCCACCGCGAAGCUUCUAAAAUCGACGUCGAUUGAGAAAGUUAGAUUGUACGGAGCGGAUCCGGCGAUUAUCAAAGCUUUGGCUAAUACCGAAAUUGGGAUCGUAAUCGGAGCGGCUAAUGGAGAUAUUCCUUCUUUGGCUUCCGAUCCAAACUCAGCAGCUCAGUGGAUUAACUCCAACGUGUUGCCUUUUUACCCUGCUAGCAAAAUCAUCCUCAUCACUGUUGGCAACGAGGUAUUGACUACAAAUGACCCGAAUUUAAUAAACCAACUGCUACCCGCAAUGCAAAAUAUGCAAAACGCCAUUAACGGUGCUUCACUGGGUGGAAAGAUCAAGGUCUCAACGGUUCAUUCAAUGGCGGUGUUGGGCCAAUCCGACCCGCCAUCUUCCGGGUUGUUUAGCCCGAGUUAUCAACCCGCAUUGAAAGGUUUGCUUCAGUUCCAGAAGGACAACGGGUCCCCUUUUGCCAUUAAUCCGUACCCGUUUUUCGCUUAUCAAAGUGACUCCAGACCCGAAACGCUUGCCUUCUGCUUGUUUCAACCCAACGCGGGACGAGUUGACUCGGGGAACGGAAUCAAGUACAUGAACAUGUUUGAUGCCCAGGUUGAUUCAGUGCAUUCUGCUUUGAGUGCUAUGGGGUUCAAGGAUGUCGAGAUUAUGGUUGCCGAAACGGGAUGGCCAUAUAGCGGCGACAGUAAUGAGGUCGGACCUAGCAUUGAGAACGCAAAAGCCUAUAACGGGAACUUGAUUGCUCAUUUGAAAUCGAUGGUCGGGACACCGUUGAUGCCCGGGAAAUCUGUGGAUACUUACCUCUUUGCACUCUAUGAUGAGGACUUGAAACCCGGUCCCGGUUCUGAACGGGCAUUUGGACUUUACAAGCCGGACCUUUCCAUGGUAUAUGAUGUUGGCAUUUCAAAGAGUAGUCAGACUCCAUCGACUCCAUCGACUCCGGUAACUCCUCAACCGAAACCGACUGCAACUGGUUGGUGUGUACCGAAGGCCGGUAUUUCCGAUGCUCAAUUGCAAUCGAGUCUAGACUAUGCAUGUGGCCAAGGCAUCGAUUGCAGUCCGAUCCAACCGGGAGGUGCCUGUUUCGAACCGAACACCAUAGCGUCUCACGCUGCUUAUGCCAUGAACCUUUACUACCAGAGUUCCGCCAAGAAUCCGUGGAACUGUGAUUUCUCGCAGACGGCAACACUAACAUCCCAAAAUCCUAGUUAUAAUAAUUGCAUCUACCCUGGUGGGAGCACUUAGAAAAGCCAGACAAAAUGUGAAUUGAAAUUGGAAAAAGGAAAAGGAUGGUUAAAUAAAAGCUGUGGGUACCUUAUAUUUGUAGCUUUAACUGUAAAGUUAUUCUCCUUUGAUAUGGAUUUGCUGUGGUCUGUGUUCUUUUUUGGGGGUAAAUUAUUUGAUCUAAUAAAGUUAGGGUUGGAACAGUGAUGAACUUUUAGUGGUUAAAAAAAAUGGGGUCAUGCUUAUAAUCUCUUAGACAUAAUAUCAAAACCAGUAUGAUGUAGGUAUAAAAGUUUAGAUUCGAUCCGAAACAUUUAAUUUUUCUUCUCCAAUUAUUAAAAAAAAAAAAAUCAUAUUUUGCUUCUUGCAUGUUCUAUGUACCAUGUCUUCUCUAAAUGUAUUGUUUUAUAUAUAGUCAAUGAAUUUUGGCCUUUUCUUAUGCCUAA